GCGAUGGAUCGUGGAGCCGCAGCGCCCGGGAACUGUCCGCGGUCCUGAGAUGCCCGCGCCGGGUCCCUGUCUGCGGGAAGAGGCGCUGGGCUCCCGCUGCCCCCCCUGAAGCGGUGCGGCAGGGUCUGUCCCCCCUGCGCUGGAGCCCGGGGCCUGAGCCGUCGGCACAGGAAUGCAGGAUGCACCCGCUCUGGAGGAUGGAUCACUGUUUCAUCUACAUCAACGCAGCCUUGCUGUUUUAUUUUAGCUAUGCCAGCCUGUUCCUCGUGGAGGCAGACAGCCCGUCCGCUCCAGUCAAUGUCACAGUCAAACAUCUGAAGGCCAACUCGGCUGUUGUGACCUGGGAUGUUCUGGAGGAUGAAGUUGUUAUUGGAUUUGCAAUCUCCCAGCAGAAGAAGGAUGUGCGGAUGCUGCGCUUCAUCCAAGAGGUGAACACCACCACCCGCUCGUGCGCCCUCUGGGACCUGGAAGAGGACACUGAGUAUAUUGUGCAUGUCCAGUCCAUCAGCAUCCAAGGCCAGAGUCCAGCCAGUGAACCCGUCCUCUUCAAGACCCCCAGGGAAGCCGAGAAGCUGGCCUCCAAGAAUAAAGAUGAGGUGACGAUGAAGGAGAUGGGGAAGAACCAGCAGCUGCGCGCUGGGGAAAUUCUCAUCAUUGUCGUGGUGUUAUUCAUGUGGGCAGGAGUGAUCGCCCUGUUUUGCAGGCAGUAUGACAUCAUCAAAGAUAAUGAACCAAAUAACAACAAGGAGAAAGCCAAGAGUGCGUCUGAGAGCAGCACUCCCGAGCACCAGAGCGGAGGGCUCCUGCGCAGCAAGUUUCCAAAAAACAAGCCUUCAGUGAAUAUAAUCGAAGCAUGACGGCCUGCCAUCCAAUAGAUGGACCCCAUUUCUCGCUCUGCCUCUGCUUCUGAGCCCUGAUGACUGGGGAAGUGAAAUACUGUUGGAGUGGUUUGGAGAGGCCUACUGGUUGUCAAGUUCUGGCAUAAAUCUCCUUGCCCUUGCUCUGCAAAAGACAACUGGAGAGAGAAAAAAAUAAUCCUGGAAACCCCCCCGACAUAAGCCACUGUUUGAGAAAGAAAAGCUUCUGUGAAACUGAUGCCUCAGGCAAUUCUGUAUCAGACUCACAAUUCACCCAGGCUGUAACAAAUCCUAACAGACUCAUCUUCCACCCUCCAGCCUCCUCUCUCUCCUGGAGCGAUUUGUCUCUCUUUGGAGAUCACAAAAAUUUAAAUUGUAUUUUGCUUCACUGUUGCCACAUGUUGACAGCAUCAACAUGGGCUCAGGCUGCAUUUGCCAUUUCUCUUCAGAGAAACGAGAAAGAAAAACUAGACAGUGGCAGAGAAAAGGAUUGUGGCUGCUGUGUACUCUAAUCUCACUCCCUAGCACUCAUGUUUGGUGUGUAAUACAUUUUGCAGGUGGGAUUUUUUUGUAUGUUUGUUUUUAACAAAGGCACAUUACAGUUUCCAUCUGGAUGGUCACUACUUUGCUGGCUGCUCUCCAGUUGAGAUCUACAGCACUUGUCUCUAUUUUUGCCAUCUCUCCUGUUCUCCAAUGCUGUAAUCCAUCCUAGGUAAGCAGGGUGGAAUUCAAAACACCAUGGGGCACAGAUCAACAGAGACAAGAAGCCGACCAUUGUUUUGAUUCCAGGAGAACUUGGACCAUUUCUUCAUGAUAUUUAUGACUGGGCCUUACUGAUUCCACCUAUAGUGUAACAAAUGGUCCUUACAAAAUGUAGCCAGUUAGUGGAAAAAAAACCCAAAAAACAAAGUCAUGAAUGGUUGCUAUUCAAGGAUACCAGGUUUCUAGUGCUGACAGCUAUCCCAUUCACUUCCAAAAGAUCCCUGCCAAUGAUGGACAAGGACACUCCUUAAAUAGUUACUUCUUUUACUGGGGUUCCAGUGAGUGGAUCUGUUCUCCUUCCACUUCGUGUCUCCACUAUUUAUCAUGACCCUGUGUUGCCAGGUGUCUGUUAAGAGUCCCUCCUCACUCCUCCACAAACGUAGAGAGGGAAGGGAAGCGUCUCCUCUAGUUUACUAGCUGCUUUAUGUUCAUAAGUUGACAAGUUCCCUGUGACUUGCAACGUUUUGAGACUGGUAGGGGAGAGGUCAGCAAAUGGAAGAGAUUUACUAUCAGAGCUUUGCCAGCAGGCUUUUAUAUGUUUUUGUUUAAUUAUUCUACAAGGCCAUUCCAUACAUGCUGGGGGAUAACAUGGGAUCCUAAUAAUUCCAUCAAAUAUUAAGAUGGGUUGGCCCAAAUAGGAUUUAAAUCCUCCCACUGCAAACAAAUUUGCAUUCAAGCAAGAUAAUGAUUCAAAAGCCACUGCAAAGAAAACAAGCUGGCAGUCACUGCGUUCAGACAUCUUUCCCCCUUGAUAUCCAUUAGCCUCUCUCAAGUAGUCAGUCCAGGAGAAAGACACUGGGAGGUCUGCAUGCAGAGACAUUUUAUAAACAAGGGCUUCCCCACUGCCAGUUUCAGGGAGUGGGGCCAGUCUAACUCAUAGUUUCUAAAUUGGAUCUUUAGCCAAAAGCUACUCCCCACCACCAAGAGGGAGAGGUCAAUACCUCUGAUACAGUUGGAGCAAUAAACACUUUUUAAUGUACAAUAAAAGAUUCAAGGCACAUCCUUCCUUGCAAAUACCCAAGUUUAGUGAUAACUCCUCUUGGUCUACACUGGGGCAAAAUGCAUGAAAUAGAAGGUGGGGACCUUCUACCCAGAUCUGAGGGAUCAUGAAUUUAGGUGUUUUCUCCCUCUCCCUAGUUGCAGGAAGCAGUAAAGGUUCAAUGGGGGGGUUAACUUUCAUUAGGCUGUGGGCUAAGAUGAGCAAGAAGCGACAAUGUAAGUAGAGCCACAGCCCUACUUAGUCAGUAGAUGUCUACAGGAAUGUCUCAGGCUUAGUACGCAUCUUAUGAGAAAGAAACGUCAUUCAGAAUCCAUAGCCUACCUAUAAAGGAAGACUUAGAACAGAUAGUAUGGCAUGUACAAAAUGAGAAGAUGUUCUGUCAUAAUCUUGGUGCAGACAAGCAAACAAGGCCCUAAACUCUAACCUAGCUGCUGCUGUGGAAAGUCAGCCUGGGUAAAUUAUCAGGGUGAUGUUUUUUAUACAAAAAUGUUUCUGGGAAUGCAGAAAACAUUCCCCAUUUUUGAAAGUAAGUGUUAUUGUUUCCUAGUGACAGGUUUUUAAGCUAUUUCUAUUCCAACAGUGACGUGCUUGCUGUUAGAGAUGAAGAAAUUAAAAUGUGAGGCAUAGAUGCUUGUUCACAGUUGAGUAUUCAAGCCAUGAUGUGGCAGCUGGCAAAAGGAGUGUAUCAUUAUGCUCCGUAACUGCAGGUUUUAAAGGUAAGGUAAUAAUGCUAUUAACGAGAAAAACAAAUGUAGGCUAGGAAGCAAAUCCACUCGUACCAGAAAGGAAUUCCAAGCUAUCAAAUGCAGCUGACUCCCUUAGUUCCUGAAAACAUCUGCAUUAUCAACUGAAGGGAUUUAAUAAGAAUAUACUUUAUCUAAAGAGGCGCUACAUACGGAAAGGAGAGAGAUCGAGACAUAUAGGCCCUUCUGAAAAUUUUACUCAUUUUCAAAAGCAACUUAGGUGCUUAGAAGCCCAAGUCUCAUUCAAUAUAAUUUAGGCUCCCAAGCACUUGUCACUGUUGAAAAUGGAACGCAGACAUCUAAGUCACUCAGGCACUAUUGAAAAUGUUACCCUUAAUCAGGAAAAAGGCAGUGCAUUAAGAAACAAACAUGCAUUUAAAAAAAGAAAAAGUGUAUGCUCUGCAAUCACCUUAAAGGAUGCCCAGAUUUUCCAGUGUGAUUUUGCUUGUAAAGUGUAGUUUUUGCUGUAUGCUAAGGAGCAAGCAGGAGUGCACUAGAGUGAAGGGAUUCCAAAGAGCCCCGCAAUAAGUGAUUUUCCACUGAACAUAAAAAACAAAACAAAACAAAGCAAACAUCUAAAUGGCUCUGCUGAUGGUGUGCAGUCGCUGGAGACUAAUUCAACUGAUUUCCAGGAACCAACAACGCAUAGUCGAUGUGCACAAUAAAGGAAUAAGAGAAAAGUACCUCCGGGCCAGCGUAUGUCUAAAGUUAAGCACCACUUACUUUAUUUCUUAAAAGCACAAUAAUCCUGUGCUUAUAGGCACUAAUUUAGUCAGUAUAUUCCUCCCCCACAUAAGAGUUUAGUGAAACUGUACCACAGAGGGCAAUGUGGAGUAAACAGUUCAAUAUAGGGCGUCCUUCCAAUUCACAAUCAUAACUGCCAUCAACUUCUCAGUCACUUCCCCCGUACGCUAAGAAACAGCACAAACUCUGUUCCCUCAUUCUUUUAAGAAAAAUUAGAACAUUUAUGCAUUUUAAACAGACAGUUAAUUAGUGGAGAACACACCUACAUGCCUGAAAGUGUCUGUAGAAUCUCAGUUGCUAACAAUUUACUAGAGGAGAUGUGAAUGGGGAGAAAACAGAUUUUAAUUCUAGUAUUUGCCUAAGAUAUUAAAAGUCAUGUCAUUCAAAAGUGUAUAUCACAGCACCACAUACAUUUCAGAGAUGUAAGAUGUGGGCAGUAGUAUGCUUCAUCAGAUUUCAGUUCCUAGCAGACAAAGAGGGAAGGGAGUUCAUUGUGCACGUUGUGCCAUAUGUAAUUUCCUCCAAAUCUGCAAUAAGGCUUACUAUCACAAUGUCCUAAACUAUCAUUGAUUUACCUGUAUAGAGACCACUAACAGACUCGCUAACUACUAUAUGUGGUGAAUCUUCUUUGUUUGUUAAAGCAACAUUCUGAUCGACAAAAUCACUAUGUUAAAACGUCGUCUACUUUCUCCAUGGAUCUCCCCCUGCUGUGAAUUCAGUCAUAUCCGCUGACCAUACAGACUAAAAUAAGCAUUUCCCUACUUUUUAGUCCUCUUAGCCCACCCACCUAUGAGAAAGUGAGCUGCAUUCCAUUCUGGCUCACGCAUCACCAUCAGUUCUGUUUAACUAAGUUCCAACUGCAGAACCUUUAUAAUUAGUGACAGAGCCAGGAAAGGCACAGCUUGAAUUUCAGAUCCCAGAUGGAGUCACAGGGCUGGCAGCUAGAACAGCCAUCUUUUUCCUUUCAAGCUGAAGGAGUCUGAUGUGGAGCCACAGAGAGAGACAAAAAUGACGGAACCUCAUGAUGCCAUUUUUCACUUUUCAGCAUCUCACUGUCCUUUUAAACUGAUAAGGAGAAACUCACCUGAUGCAACCAAUUGCUAAACGUAAUGUAUUUAUAUCCGCAAUACCCCUUUCUCAGCUGGUGUAACUGACAUGCCCUUAAAUCAGAUCAGAUUCCCUUGACUUUUAAACUAGAGGGAAGUGAGAGGUUAAAGGAGGAAGUUUAUCAACUUUUAUGACAAGUUCUAGUACACAUUUUAUUUCCGUCCUUUUACAAUUACACUGCAGCAAAAAGAUUUGGCAGGAAGGUCCGAUCGACUGCUGAGAGAGGAGAACAGCUAGAACUUGUAGUUCAUUAGCUUUGGGGGUCAUUAUUGACUUGCUGUUGCUAUAAAGAGUGCAACACAAUGGUGAAUGCUCUUACUAGAACUGAAGUUGUAAAACAUUUAAUCACAGGGCUCAGAUCUUCCUUUGGGGGUAGGGGAUGUCUAGCACAAUGGACUACUCCAUUCCUCAUUGAGGCUACUGGGCACUACCACAGUGGACAUAAUAGAUAAUAAAGCCCCUACCUGUAUUCCAGAAGUGAAUAUGUAAUUUGUCCUGCCAUGAGCAUUACAUAUACAAUCUCUCUUUUUCUGCCCUUGCAGCACCUCUGAGGUACAGUAUGUACAGUUAUGAAGAACGAAAUCUUUAGCAAUAAGACUGUCUGUGAACCUGGAGUCUGUAGAAAAUGCAAAGCUGCCCUAUGGCAGCUCCAAUGUGUGUGGGAGAAAUAUUAAGAUCACAAAACACAGAUUUAGAAGGAAGUCCCCACAUCCGCCUACUCUUCUCCAGCCCAGCAGAGCCAGCCCUAGACACAGCACAUAUUGUACAGACACCACCAUCCUCUCAAGUGAAAGAUCUUACAACAUGUUUCUUGUUCAGAGCCAUUUCAUGGUCUCAGCAUGGCUAACUGGUAAUAGAACAACUGCUUUAAGAAAAGGCUAAUACAAAUAGUCUCCUGACUGCUGUGUAUAGUUUAAUAUCUGCUUUACAAAAGAAACAUAAAAUCUAAGAGGGGCUAGCAUGAAAAAUUUUUGGAAAUCUUCAUACAUAAAGGAGUACAGCUUCUAAGCAUGCACUGUCUUACAGAACUGCUUGCUUGUAUCCUUCCCACUCCCUGCCCCAGCUCUGAAGUGCCAAGGCUGAUUGUUAGUGACUAUCAAUCACUUGUUGAGAUAGGACUGAAGCAUCCAGGCUGUGCCAGUCUCAGCCUGACUCCUACAACAUCAGCUAACCCAACACUACUUCUUAGCUUUUUGGGGGAAGUAUCAUUAGCUGAUGUGCCUUUGCCAGGGGAAUGGGCUCUGCAAUUUAACUCAUAUUACUAUGGACACUACUUCCUCUUGCUUUCUUUUCCAAACACUCUAGAAAAAGAUUAAUCCAAGAGCUCCUGCCCCUUCUUUAUUAUACAAGUGAUAGGAACAGGUAGGCUUUAGCAACAAAAUCCUCAGCAAAGGGAUGUCUUUUAGGACCACACACAAAUAACUCCCUUUCGAGAUGCACAGCCAAAAAAAUACGUGGGGGACUCACUGACUUACAAGACAAUGGCCAUUGUAAGAAUGGUGCUAACAAUCUCGCCUCCCCAGUCAGUAGCUGCCAUGCGAUACGACUUUCCCAUUCUAUGCAAGGCUCCCCACAAGUAGGAUUUAGAGUGCUAAAAUCACAAGAGAUGCUAUUCUGGUUUUGGGAUACUUCUGAUUGGAGAGAUUUUCUAAAAGAUGCAUGUUUCAGCUGUUGUCAUAGCCUAAAAAACUGGGCACACUCCCACCUCAGCCUUUACAGACUAGUGGCAAAUUGACACACCCUUAUAAUAGCCUUCCUGGGACUCCAUGGUGGCAGGCAAAAUAUUCUCUUUCAUUAACACAUGCAGUAUAUAGAAGUUAGAGCAAGGGGCUAGGAGUCAGGCAGACCUAGGUCCCAGUCCUAGCUCCACUGUUGACUCACUGUGUGACUCUGGGCAAGUUACUUAACCUCUCUGUGCCACAGUCACUUCACUUAUAAAACGAUGAUUAAUAAGGUGAGUGAACUGUUAAGCCCCUAGAGAUCCAAAAUUGAAAGGUGCUACACAAGGGUAAAAUAUAGUACAUGAACACAGAGGGAGACACUGAAAAAGAAAACCUGGGCAUAGUGCUAUUUUUUUUAAAUUACAUUAGCAAAAUCUGCCACGAGACAAUCUGAUAAAUGGGGAAAGACUGAGAUUUGCCAAAUGGUUCUGACUUGUUCAACGCUUUGCUCUGGUCAUUUUUCCUGUCAGCUGCCAGAGAAAAUCAGGGCGUGAAGUUGACUCCAUGUUGCUAUUACUCCAUGUACUGUACUCAAGAAAUAAUUUUGUCAACCACUGUUGAUGGAUUGCUUUAUAAAUGCUUUACAUAGAGCAUUUAGGGGAAACAGUUAUACAGUCUGUGCUUAACGGUCCUUUAAUACAGUAGAAAAGAACUACUGUAACACACAAAGCUACCACGGAUUCUAUUGAUACUUUCUCAUUUAAAAUGUAUUCAUAAAUUCUAGUUUUCAUUCAGCACCUUCCAUGUAACUAAAAGAAAAAUCUGCCUGAACCAAACACUCACGGCUGGACAAAAAUUGGUUAAGGGAUGUGGAACAGAAGUGUACUCCUGCAUAUUUGAGGUGAUCUCUUCCAUUAGGAGUUUUUAUAAAAAUGAUGGUCACCCACACACAACAGUCAAGUUUUUGUUUAGAGGGGUAAGUAACUAGUAAGAAUAAGAGGUGGAGGUUUAAAGGCAGUCUGAGUAUGUGUUUGAGGCUAUAAAGUCUGGUGAGAGAAUCUAACAUUGCAGUGGUUGAGUUGCUCCUUCUCAGGGAAGUUGAUUUUAGCUACAAGGGAACUUCCUCCUAGUUAAGCUGCCAAAGCUACAGAGAACUAUGGGAUGUGCCUAGUAACAAUGGGAUUUCUAUGUGUUUACUUACUACCACACAACUGACAAAUUAUGGAAUAAGUCCCAUUCCUCAAUCCACAGCUACUACAAGACAGGUCUUUUGUGGAGGAAUGGUGAUAAGUGAUGCUAGCUAAGCCUGGGCCCCUCCUUAGACCCAAUAUACCAUACUGACACAACAAAUAAGGCAAUAUGAAGUCCUACGUCUGAGGCAGAGAGAGCUGCUCUGCCAGCUGCUCCACAUUUGUUUGUUAAGCUUUUUAAAGUCCCUGAAGUAGUUUGUAUGAGAUACACGUCACUUUAAAUUUCUAUAAAUACCUAGAUGGGAAUAAUAAAUGUAUUCAGUUCAAUAAAUUAUCUUCAUUUUUCACUUGUCGAUUUUACAAUGUGUUGUUGCUCUGCCCCACGGACUAGGUUAGAACUACACAAUGCAAAGCACUAAGCAAAUCUGCUAUUUACACCGAGACAGCUGAUGAGCCAAGAGCAGGUAAGGAGGCCAUUGUUAAUCAUUCACUCCACCUCAUCCUACAAGGAAGGAAGGUGCCAGUCCAGCAGCCCUUUGUUCUGGCACUUGCUAGAUAGGGUGGUCAUGAAAGCUUCAUCUUUCUCCACUGCAGUGACCCCGGCUAUCUUGGUUAACUUGCCUUUAACAAAAAUAAAAAGCCUCCUUGAAGAAUUUGUUUAUCGUAAGGGGACACGAGAGCAGAACACACCCACUUAACUGUUGAUGGGGUCCAAGAAAGGCUUUGUGCAGCGCAAGAGCCAAUAUGGACUCACCAGAAAAUAGGUAAGUGACUAAGGAAGCAUUCACGUCAAGGCUGCUAUUAAACAUAUGGAGGAAGCUACACGUUCUCUCCUUGCUGUUUGUUUAGAUCUCUCUACUGUCUUCACUUCAGACCAUCAGACCAGCUCUCCAACUAGAGCAAGUUGGCUCCUUUAGCUACAGUUGCUGUUAUUCCUGAAACAUGGGUAGGAAACUACAUG